CAACGUGCGCUGCACCGCGCAGCAUUGGACUGGGAACGUGUCGAACGCGUGGUCGCGACCAAUUCCUGCGGGCUGCGCGACGGCACGCAUCAACAGCCUGCCCCCCAUAGAGCACGCCAUCACCGCUGCCCCCAUUAGAGCAACAGCGGAAGGUGCCCACGCUACGAUGGCCGCCCUCACCGCUACACUGGACGAUGAAGCACAAGAAGUGGAGGACUACAGCGCCGAGUUCGACAGCGUCUCGUCGUUCGCUUCUGUCGCGGGCUCGCCGCGCGCCGCGGCGGUGGCGGCGGGCGAGGACUACUCGACCGACUCGUUCGCCUCGUUCGCGGGCUCGCCGCGCGCCGCACAAGUGGCGGCGGACGACUACUCGGAGGACUUCGACUCGCCGCGCGCGGCAGCGGCAGCGGCCGGCGAGGACUACUCGGCGGACUUCGACGAGUCCUACAGCGCGGAGUUCGACAACGCGAGCGACGACGACUCGCUCACGUCGUGGCAGUCGCUCGAUAGGGCGCGCGCCGAGGCGCGGAACGUGCCCAAGGCGCGGCAGCGCGAGCUCGAGGCGCUCAUGGGCGCGGCCGCGGCGGCGGGCGACCGCUACCUGCUCCUCACGCAUCUGUCCGAAGGCGCGCGGGCGAACGCGUCGGACGAAGAAGGCAGGACGGCCCUGUCCUUGGCGUGCGCGGCGGACCAAGCGGACGCGGUCACGUGCUUAUUGCAGCACGGGGCCCUGAGCACGCGCCGGGACAAGGACGGCCGCACGCCGCUCUGGACCGCGUGCCUCAAGGGCUCGGUCGAGUGCAUCGCCGCGCUGGCGCAGGACGAGGCCCUCGCCGCGACCUUCGACGUCACGUAUCGAGGGCUCACGUGCGCCUACGCCGCCGCGUCGUCGGGAAACAAGGACGCGAUUUGCGCCUUGGCCGGCGUCGAUCCAAUGUGUGUCCAACGGCGGUGCGGCGACCGGGACGCGCUGGCCUGCGCGGCAGAGCGGGGCGACGCGACGGCGUGCGCCGUUUUGUUGGAGGUGGCCCGGUGGGAGACGCCCGUGAUGGGCGCGACGCCGUUGGAACGGGCGCUGCAGGCGGGCUUCGUGGACUGCGCGUCGUUCCUCCUCGCGAAAAUGGCGUUCUCCGUGGAUUUACUGAAGGGCGACGCGAAGCGGCCGUCCCUGAAGCGGCGGUGCUUCGAGGCGGCCGUCCGGAGCCAAGAAGCGACCGUCUUGACGUGGGUCCUCACGAGCGCCGACGUGGCGGCGCUGCCGGGCAGCUUCGGCGAGCACCCGCCGGCUGACGCCCCUCGUCUAUUGCAUCGUGCGCGCGCCGCCGCUCGUGGGCGUCGUAAUAGAGCUGCUGAAAUGCGACGUCCGAGCCGUCGGGGCCGCAGCGGACGCCGCCCCUGCUCGUGGCGGCCGUGCGGGCGCCGCCCGGGCCUGCGCGCUCUCUUGCAGCGGGGCGCCGACCCGUUCUGCGCCGACGGGAACGGCGCCACGGCCGUCGAGAUGGCGGAGCUGACGGAAGCUAAAAGCGCCUUCCCGCAGCUCCUCGCGCUGCCGGCCCUGCCGCCGGACCGCUGGUACGCCAAGGAGGAGGCAGACGUCCGCGUCGAGCCGAUCACCGGCGGGCGCUGGCGGCGCCGCGUCGACGAGUCGUACGCGAGCUACGGCGACUCCUUCGAGUCCUUUCGGGGGACGCCGCUCCCGUCGCCGGGCGACUCCUACGCGCAGGACUCGUUCCACACGCCCGAGCUGUCGCGGUCGCGGCCCGAGUCCGAGCGGUACAGCGCGACCUUCGAGGCGGAGCCGUUUGGAGUAGGAACGCGGGUCGAGGCGCGCUACGAGGGCGGCGACGAGUGGUACGCUGGGCGUCGUCGAGUAUCAAGGGGACGCCUACGACGUGCUGUAUGACGACGGCGACCGCGAGACCGGCCUCGACAAAACAUUAAUACGGCGCGAGAUCGCGCUCGACGCUUCGUACAGCAACGCCUUCGAGUCGCUGCGCGCGAGCGACUCAACAUUACCCCAGGGACGGUCCAAAUCUAUAGCGACGCAAGCCGCGGUCUUCGACCCGAUACCGGAGCAGGAGGUCACGCGCUUUCCCCGCAGCGCCGUCGCGCCGGCGGCGAGGGAGCUCGCUUCGAAGAUGGAAGCCGUCAUGGAGGCCAUCGACCGGCCCCCGAGCGACCCGCUGACGUACCUCCGCGCGCUGCACGCGAAGAGGGACGACGCGCCGCCCGCGUCGCCCGACGGCGUCGAGGCGACGCCCGCCGGCGUGGACGCGUACCUCCGGGCGCUCCGGUUUUAUACAAGUACUGGGCAAUAA